CCCGCAUCUCAGGUGAAACAUGAGACGCGCUCUGUGCACCUGUCUUACCUGCUUGAGCGCAAUUCCUCCGUCUUAGAGAAGCCUCGGUGAAAUUCUCUCGAAGCUUGAGAAAUGUCUUAUCGCAAGGCUCAGGAACAGGCUCCUUGGAUCUACAGGUGUUUGUAUGUUUCCACUCGGCAACGCAGUCAUGAUGCAUCACAAUAGGAAAUACUCACCACCGCGCUACUGCGCCGUCGGGUCGGCGCUAGCCCUGCCUCAGCUCAACCGAUUACCCACCGUAUGGGUGGAAGAAGCUGACCAGAUGGAGAAGAAUUCACCGAAAGCUAGAUCCAAAAUGCUCAACGCGGUGGUGAAGAGAGCUCCGUCUCCCAAGAGGCCGCGAGUCUCUCCAAAACCCGCGCAAAGCGACGCGCUACCGAAGGUGGCGGAGAACGGGGUCGCAGGACAGCGGUCUAGAAAGAGGGGCUUCAAACCCCCGGAUGUCAGGACGAUAUUCGAACCUUCGGCCAAGGACCCGCGUGUGAAAGAAGAGAAGGGAGAAGGACACACGUUUUGUGAGGACGCGACGUACGCUUGGUGCGAUGUUUGUUGCUCGUAUAUUUUUCAUAGUGGCUUGACAUGCACAGGUUGUAAAUACACGUGUCAUGCUCAGUGCCGUGACCAGGUGGCGCUGGACUGUCAUCAGAACGGAUCCAUUAAUGGCUCCCAGCUCAGUGCUCUUGCUCAGGACCAUCUUAACAACAAUCAGUCCUCACACAGUGAUGUGGAGAAAGAGAAAGAACUGCGCACUUAUCUCACUUACGAGGAGAUCAGACAGAAGGUCGAGCAGUACAACACAGAGUCACGUGAUCACUUUAAAAUGACACUGAAUAGUAACGGCAUGUACACAGGCUUCAUCAAGGUGCAGUUGGACCUGCGGAGGCCCAUCACAGUGAAAGGAGGCAGGGCAGGAGGGGUCAAAGGUCAGGAGGCGUUUUACCUUCCGCGUGGCUCCAUAAACACCCUGCACAUCAGCAGCACCAACACGGUGCGACAGGUGAUCGAAGCCCUGCUGAGGAAGUUCACCGUGGCCGACAACCCCGCCAAGUUCGCCCUGUUCAAACGCUUCAGCAGAGAAGACCAAGUGUACACCUGUAAGCUCUCAGAGGAAGAACACCCUCUCUUCCUGCGUCUGGUGGCGGGACCCAGUACAGACGCGCUCAGCUUCGUCCUGAAGGAGCAACAAACCGGUGAAGUCAUGUGGGACGCCUUUUCCAUCCCCGAGCUGCAGAACUUCCUCCGCAUCUUGGAUAAAGAGGAACAGGACCAGAUUGGCUCGAUAACCAGACGCUACAAUGCCUACAGAGAGAAACUGGAGGAGGCCAUGAGAGCGACAGGCGGCCCGGGAUAAACCCAAUGCCUUAUGAGAAGGAACUGUAGCGCUGCUGCCUCUAGUGGUCACUGUGUGUAAUGAACACUUAUUAGGUGUCACCGUGCCAAGCGACACCCAGUCUCAAAAACUCAGAGGAGAGCACUGAUCUCCCAGAAAGCACCUCAGGUGCCAUAUUUACCCAUCCACCCUCUUUCACACUUUCAGUUGUUUCUCAUGUUCUUUACCUCUUGUGAACGACGCAAACGUGAAAAUCACAUCUGGUUUUUAUUUAAUUGUUGGAUGCUGUGGUUUGUACAUAUUUCUGUUUGUUGUUUUUAAUUUAUGUGGGUGAAUUUUAUUUUGUUUAUUUUACUAAAAGAGUCUUAUUUUAUAUCAAAUAUACUUAUUGACCAGAAACUGAUUUGACUGGGGAUUUAUUUUAUUUUAUUUUAUAUUAAAUACCAAAUGAUUCAUAAUGUGCCCUACCAAAGAUAGUGUUGAUGUGCUGUUGACAAAACGAUGACCUGAAGGCCACGUGAGACCAAACAGACAGGAAACGCAUGUUUGUGAUAGAAAAGAUUGAAUGUGGUGAUGUAGGGACAGGAUAUGAGGACUAAAGCCAUAAUCAUUAGUCUCUAAAAACCUUUUUAAAUCAGAGACAGAGUAAGCAGUCUUAGAUGAUGUGCUGGAAUUGGAAACGAACGGAUUCAGGAAGUUGGCAAAGGAGCGUAGAGGAUGUUGAAAAGUAUGCGGGAAGUGUCAUGUCGAGGUUUUGGAGCAGAUCUCGCUGAUGUCGGUCGGGGUCAGACGGUCUUUCACCGUGAAUUAUGGGUCGCGAUGACCUUUAGUUAAAGCAGAUAAUCAGUUAACAAGACGUUUGUUGUUCACCUCAUCAUCAACCCUGGAAAAUGCAUUAGAGGAUGUCUUCAAGAUAAACGACUGAAUAUAAAAGUAAUGAAGAUUGUUUGUUUUGAAGCUACAGCCUGAAAAUAGUAGAAUUAAGCUAGUUUGAUUUAUAUAUAUAUAUAUAUAUAUGUAUAAUCACACUGAUCUGAUGUGAUUUACUGUACCAAAAGUUAAUUUCAGAUAUAGCUGAAACUGUUACUGUUGCAAGGUACAGUAAAAUAAAUGCAGACAGUGCUACUUUGUCACAGCACACAAGGUGUCUGAAAUGAUACUUUUGUAUCAGUAGGUGAUUUUUAUAUGUAUACACAUUUAUGUUUAUGUAUGCUAGUGCUGCAUGACGUUUUUUCUGAUUGGUACUGCAACAUUGUCUAUUUUGACACAUGCAUAGCAAGGUAGCGGCACCUUGUGGUCACCUGCUGUAACUACAUCUCUGCAGACUUAUGUCUCACCUGUGUCAGUUCAUUCGAUUAUCUUAGACACAGAUUUAAAGGUUUAUUUCUUUAUUAUUAUCGGUUUUAUAGCCUCUAACCAAAGAUCUAGAUAAAAUGCAUAGUUUAAUUUAAGUUUGAUGCAAGUUGCCUGGUGCAAUUAGUUUGUACGCCUCAAUAAGCUGAGGUUAAAUUACACUAUCUAUCUUGUCUGAUGGUUUUACCAUGGCAAAUUUAAUUGUAAACACUGGGGUGAAUAGAAAUUAGAGCAAUUGGUGUUGUGUGAAUAUAACAUCACAACAGUCUCAAUAUAUGCAAUCGAAUUUUGCAGGGGAAUAAGACCAGUAAUUUUAUAAAUGCUUUUUGGGCACUUUAUGUUUUAAUUCAGGGAAUUAUUAUUUUUAUUUUGUUUUAAUAGUCUUCAUCAGAUGCCUGUUGUCUUCCACGGUUUUAAAAUGGCAUUGCGUCUAGUGGAAGCUCGGUUAUGUUUUAUGGAAGUGUUUUUUUUUUUUGGUUAAUUAAAGCUGUUUCAGUACUUGAUUUUUUUUUUUUUUUUUUUUUUUUUCAUAAACAAGCUUUUGUUUGUAGAGUAAGACUGUGAAUGAAUGUUAAACUGUAUUCAUGUGUAAUAAAGGGGUGUGGAUGUGAGUGAACUGCUUUAGUAGUUUUGAUUAUACAUGCAUGUGUUAUAUUAAUUCAUGCAUAUCUUAUGGCUGUUUUAGGACAUCACAGGCCAGUGCUGUUCAUCUUAACAGCAUAGUUAGAGACCGCUCACGAAACACUCUGCAUUUGCCAAAAAAAAAAUUCUCAUUUUGUCCCAUAGUUAUAAGUUACAUGCAUAUUUUGUGUUUCAUACAUAGAAGAAGAUGCCAGAAGUGGCAUGCACGGACGGUUUGGACUAAAUAUGCAUUGUUAGAAUCCAGAUGUCAUUCAUUUUUGACAAUGACGGAAGUUUUUUUGAGGGUUUGUAUUGUUACCAAUCGUGGCCUUUCUUGUUAAGGACCUGGUUUCUUUAAAUAAAGAUGAAACUUUCUCAAUU